AUGUUCGCCGAUGCGGUGUACAACGUUUCCGAUUUCGACUUGCGCCCUGGGUUCUAUAUAAAGGCAAUGAACACGCUGGCCUGCCUGGGGCUGCCGUUCAACCUGCUCGGACUGUACGCCAUUAUUCGGCACUCGCCCGAGCAUCUACAACGCAUACGAUGGCAGUUAGCAAAUGCUCAGUUUUGGGCCCUAUUUCAAGACUUUCUACUUGGCUUCUGCGUGACACCGGUCGUUUUUCUGCCCCUUCCGGCUGGGUAUACUGCCGGGCUUUUCGCCCAGCUCGGCAUCACCACCGAGCUCCAGUUUGGAAUGGUGGUCGCGGUGAUGGCAAUCUCCUGCUCGGCCAGCACGCACCUCGGGCUCUACCACUGGCAACUCGUGCUCCCCAACGGCCAUGCUUGUAAACUGCCCUCAAAGUUGAAGACGAUGGAAGUCGGCCUGGAAAUGCGGCGCCCCGAGCCCGCUGUCUCGCCGAAUUUCGGACAACUCCUACAAAGUGACGGUGAUACACCAACAAAACGCUACCGCGCCCCGCCACCCGCACGUCCGCUCAGCAACUGGCUGCCCGGCCGCCUGCCGCCGCAUCUACGUGACGACGAGGAAACGAUACGCCGCCUCGAGGCCAGCCUCAGCCCCCCGGAUCUGCCGAAGGAGAAUCGGUUACCGAAACGGGGCGAAAAACUAGACCAUCUACUCACGCCCGACAGCGAUGUCUCCACGAUCGAUUUCAACAUCCAUGCGGAUUGCAAGCCGAACAAUUCUGACGUACAAGACUUCGACUUACGCGCGUUGAUCCGCGCAAAGCGACAUGUAACCCGGCGGCCGGCAGCGAAAAUGUACAAAACGGUUCGGAAGCCACAUCCUGCGUUUUUGGGCAAGCGGCGGAUAACGUUGGCUACGUGCCCGAGCAGUCAGGUGAAAUACAUCCACCCUGCCCUCCACUCGCUACUACCGCAAAUCCCGCGAUUCAAGCGGAUACUCGGACGUCCAAAAAGCCCGGCAAAAAUGCUGAAGCGAGCCCGGCGCGCCCUGCCGUUGCCCCGCGUGCUGCCCUACUACUGCAAAAACUGCCGGCUCAACACGCUCUCGCUCACCCACAUCAUCCACCACAACUGCGUCAAGCAACGCGUGUACAACCAGCCAGGCCAUGUUGUUCAACAGCAACGCAUCAUCUUGGGCCACCGUUGCAAGGCGAAUGGAUGGAUGGCGUUGUUGGAGCAGAGCACGAAGCCGCAGCGCUUUCAUCUACACACUUAUAGAAUCGACGAUGAUAUGGACCCAAUCUACCGAGGGCCUCGCACAGUGCCUCCAAGGUUUCCAACACCGAAAAAGGAGCGAGAAGCCGCGUCUAACGAGCCGAUACCAGACUCCAUCAAAAUCCCGGCCCACUGCAUGUGCGCGACGUGUGGCUGCGAGUUCGAGACGCACGAGUAUUUCGAUCAUCUGGCCAGGGAGCCGAAAUGUUUAGCCGCCCGUCGGCCACCGAUUCCUAUA